UCGUCGCCAUCCAUCCAUCCCCACACAAGAGCAGCAGAAUACAACUGCAGUCGCACACUCUACUCCCCCACCGCGCCGUUCUGUGUACUCCUGUACCCUGCAGUACUCGAUCGGCGGCGGUUCUCCACUGGGUGCGCGGGCGGCUCGGUUGGCUUCCGCCCUCUCUUACUCUCAGUCCGUCAGUUCCUCCUGCUCUGGUAGUGCUGCUAGCUAAUUGCCAUGGAAACGUACACCACGGAUGACGCGCUUACAGCCAUGGGGUUUGGGAAGUUCCAGGCGCUUGUUCUUGUAUACGCUGGCACGGGCUGGCUCGCGGACUCCAUGGAGCUCAUGUUGCUGUCCUUCGUUGGACCACUGGUUCGGCAGCAGUGGAAUGUCUCGGCCCAGCACGAGAGCCUGCUCUCCAGUGCUGUCUUCACUGGCAUGUUGAUAGGAGCCUGUUCUUGGGGCUAUAUUUCCGACAAGUAUGGAAGAAGGACAGCUUUAUUGUUCUCAAUUAUUCUCACUACUGGGGCAGGGUUUCUAAGUGCUUUAUCUCCUAACUAUAUAUCCUUGAUAGUUUUUCGGUUUCUGGUCGGUAUAGGGGUUGGUGGCACGCAUGUAUUUUCAUCUUGGUUUCUGGAAUUUGUUCCUGCAAAAAACCGCGGCACCUGGAUGAUUGUUUUUUCUGUUUUCUGGACUAUUGGAACAAUCCUGGAAGCUUCACUUGCAUGGGUCGUCUUGUCAAGAUUGAGUUGGCGGUGGUUGCUGGCCUUCACUGCUCUUCCAUGCUUCCUGCUGCUUCUCCUUUUUGUCAUUGCACCCGAGUCACCACGCUAUCUUUGCGUACAAAACAGAAUAUCUGAUGCAACGCUUGUUCUAGAGAGAAUGGCCAAGACAAACAAAGUAGCUCUUCCUCCUGGAGUUCUCACAUACCAUAAAGAGACACAAUUAGUUGACCACAAUCCUCUUACCUCUCAGAAUGGGCAUCUUCCAGUCAGAGAUAAUGACUGUGCACCUGACAAUGCUAUGAGCUCCAAAUCUGGUGGUAUUGCUGCAUUGCGCAAACUAUUUUCACGUAAAUUGCUCAGAUCAACUCUUCUUAUCUGGUUUGUAUGGUUCGCAAAUUCCUUCGCGUAUUAUGGCCUAGUAUUGCUGUCAUCGCAGCUGAGUGAUGCUAACAGAAGAUGCACAUCUGGCCAGAAAUCUGAAGGGCAACAAAAAAAUGCCAACCUUUACAAAGAUGUCUUUAUAACUAGUUUAGCAGAGUUUCCAGGCUUAGUGAUUUCUGCCAUUAUUGUUGAUUGGUUUGGCCGGAAAGCUACAAUGUGGAUCCUGUUGUUUGGAUGCUGUGCUUUCCUUGGACCGCUCGCUGUUCAUCAGAAAGAGUCAUUGACAACCGCCCUUCUAUUCGGUGCUCGCGCAUGUGGCAUGGGUAGCUCUACAGUUUUAUGUUUAUACGCACCAGAGGUGUACCCAACAUCAGCACGCUCAACGGGUGUUGGAAUUGCCACCGCCAUCGGUAAAAUUGGUGGCAUUGUGUGCCCCAUCAUCGCUGUCGGCCUGCUGCGGAGUUGCCACCAAAUGGAAGCCGUUGUGGUCUUUGAGCUGGUGCUAGGUCUCGCUGGAGUUGCCUGCAUCCUCUUCCCUGUGGAGACCAAGGGCCGUGAGAUGAAAUGACGGUGUCAAAUCAAAGCAUGUCGAGGCCCAAAUGCACCCAAAGCGACCAGCGUGCAUCACUUCCAUUAUGAUUCUGUUCCUAUAUAGAGAAACGUAAUAUGAUUAGUAUAUAGGUGGACAUAUGGGUCAAAUCCAGGCCGUUUGUGUAUUCUGCGUGGUGAUGUUUGUUUUCGUGUGGGCAUUGUGAUGCUUAUUAUCAAUACUUGUGUGCACGUGUAACACAAGUCUAGCAGUGUUACAUUCUUAAGAAAUAAAACCGUGACAUUUUCUUCA